ACCCAUAGGCAUAAACAUAAAUCUAUAGCACCAAAAUGGACCCUCUCCUAAUCGCACUCCUCUCUCUCCUCCCUCUCCUCCUCUUCCUCCUCCACCGCUCCAAGGCCCAAGCCCCGAAAGAGGCCCCCACCAUCCCCGGCGCGUGGCCCAUCCUGGGCCACCUCCCCCUCCUGGCCCGCUCCCGCUCCACCCACCACCUCCUGGGCUCCCUCGCCGACGCCCACGGCCCACUCUUCACCAUCAAGCUGGGCACCCAGAAAACCCUAGUCAUCAGCAACUCCCAAAUCGCCAAAGAAUGCUUCACCACCAACGACGUCGCCGUCUCCAACCGCCCCCACCUCGUCGCCUGCCAGAACAUGACCUACAACCUCGCCAUGCUCGGCUUCGCCCCCUACAGCCCCUUCUGGCGCGACAUGCGCCGCAACGUCGCCUCCGCCUUCCUCGCCGACCACCGCAUCGACUCCCUCGCCCCCGUCCGCGUCAACGAGGUCCGAACCUCCGUCAAGGAGCUCUACCAAAAGUUUACUCGUAUAAGCGACGGGAAGAAUGAGUAUGUGAUGGUGGAUAUGAAGCAGUGGCUGAAGGAGUUGGCGUUGAACGUGGUGGGGAGGAUGGUGGCGGGGAAGAGGUACUUCGGGGAGAAGGCGGUGGUGGAGGAGGGGGAGGCGCAGCGGUGGCUGAAGGCGCUGAGGGAGUACAUGAGGCUGAUGGGGGCGUUCGCGGUGGGGGACGCGGUGCCGUGGCUGAGGUGGUUGGACUUGGGGGGGCUGGAGAAGGCCAUGAAGGAGAAUUUCAAGGAGCUGGACGCGGUGGUGGGGGAGUGGCUGGAGGAGCAUCGGAGGGAGAGAGACUCGAGAGGUGACCGUGACGACGGAGAUUUCAUCGAUGUGAUGCUGUCCAUGAUCGACGGGACCACGCUUCAUGGGUUUGAUGCGGAUACGGUAAUCAAAGCCACCGCAAUGGCAAUGAUUCUGGGAGGAACAGACACCAGCUCAGCCACACACAUAUGGACACUGUCUCUGCUACUGAACAACCCCAACACACUGAAAAAAGUGAUGGAAGAAAUGGACACCCACAUCGGAAAAGAAAGGCUGGUAACCGAGUCAGACACAAACAAGUUGGUAUACCUUCACGCCGUGGUGAAAGAAUCCCUAAGGCUAUUCCCACCCACUCCUCUCUCCGCACCUCGCGAGUUCCGCGAAGAUUGCACCCUGGGAGGGUACCACGUGAAGAAGGGAACGCGUCUCAUGACAAACCUGUGGAAGAUCCAAACGGACCCUAGCGUUUGGGAAGAGCCCUUGGAGUUCAAGCCAGAGAGGUUCCUCACUACGCACAAAGAUGUUGAUGUUAAGGGUCGACACUUCGACCUCAUACCCUUUGGGAGUGGAAGGAGGAUUUGCCCUGGAAUAUCCUUUGGCCUUAGGACCACUUAUUUGACUUUGGCUAACUUUCUUCACUCCUAUGAAGUCGUCAAGAGUUCCAAUGAGCCUAUAGAUAUGACUGCAUCGGUUGAAAUAACCAAUGUCAAGGUUACUCCACUUGAGGUUCUCAUCAAACCUCGUUUGUCUCCUAGUCUUUAUGAAUCCAUGUGAUGUCAUUAUUGGAUGGUUGUUGUCUUGGUGUAACCUAUGCUCAUUUGGAGUUUGUGGAUGACAUCCUCGGGAGUAAUAAUAUAUUGUAAUCUUUGUCUUGAUUUAUUCAUGUUUAUAAAUAGGGCAAGUUUGGGAAGUGAGGGAGGGUAAAUUAGUAUUAUAAUUGAGAAAUUUAAGAGCACCCCAAAAAAAAUAUAUAUUUUGCAUGCUUGAUG